AUGGCGCUCGCGGACGAAGUCAAGCGAGUUGCCGCACUCUUCGAGUAUCCUGCGGAAGAGGUCAAUAAGGGCGUCAAAGAAUAUCUCAGGCAAAUGGACGAGGGUCUGGCGAAGCAGGGCACCAUGCUCAGUCAGAUACCCACGUACGUCACAAACGUACCAAAUGGAACUGAGAAGGGCACUUACCUCGCCGUGGACCUGGGAGGCACCAACUUCCGAGUGUGCUCCGUUGUCCUACAUGGCAAUCAUACGUUCUCUCUCCAGCAAUCCAAAGUCGCCGUUCCUCGAGCUCUGAUGGAGGCCCAACAUGCCACUGAGCUGUUUCACUUCCUGGCACAGCAAAUUGAAGCCUUCCUCAAAGAGCACCACAAUGACCACUUCGAGAAGCAUAAGCAAGCCGGUCUUGGAGAGCAGGAGUUCUUUGAUCUAGGCUUCACCUUCAGUUUUCCUGUGAACCAGGUCGGCAUCAAUAAAGGCUAUCUCAUGCGAUGGACUAAAGGAUUUGACAUUGACGAGGCUGUUGGCAAGGAUGUCUGUGGCUUGCUGCAGAAGGAAGUUGAUGCACUGAAGCUACCAGUACGAGUAGCGGCGUUGGUCAAUGACACAGUUGGUACCCUCAUGGCUCGUUCUUAUACGUCUCCUGGUAAGACCAAGACGCUUAUUGGUGCUAUCUUCGGCACUGGUACCAAUGGAGCCUAUGUGGAGAAGCUGGACAAGGUCACGAAGAUGAAGAAUAUCGAGGCUGAAGCGGGAAAGGCUGACUAUGACCGCUCAACCGGGUUAAUGGUUGUCAACUCGGAAUGGGGAAGCUUCGACAAUGAGCUUCGAAUUCUUCCUAAUACUCCCUAUGACGUGGACCUGGACAAGGAGUCUGUCAACCCCGGCAUUCAGAUGUUUGAGAAACGCGUGUCGGGCAUGUUUUUGGGCGAAAUCCUGCGUCGAGCACUAUUGGCUCUGUACAAACAUUCGGACGACAAGGUGGCGCUGUUCAAAGAUUCGAGCUCCGCUGACAAUGACACCAAGAGCACAACUACUGUCGCUAACAACAGCCCCCUCUACAAGCAAUGGGGUAUCGACACUUCCUUCCUAUCCAUAGUCGAAGAAGACAGCUCGGACCAACUUCGGAUAACCAAGCAGACGCUAGAGAGAGAGCUUGGAGUUUCAGCACCUUCAACGGAAGACUGCGUUGCUGUCAAGGCUCUCGUACACGCCAUCGGCAGACGUGCGGCUAGACUCAGCGCAGUUGCACUAGCCGGCGUCGUGAUUGGCACAAACAAGCUCAAGGAAGAUGAGCUCGUCGACAUCGGCGUUGAUGGUAGUCUGGUUGAGUACUACCCAGGCUUUGAAGAUUAUAUCCGCGAAGCCUUCCGAGAGAUCGAAGGCAUUGGCGAAGAUGAGAAGCGCAUCCGCAUCGGCCUGGCAAAGGAUGGCAGUGGCCUAGGUGCGGCUCUGAUUGCCCUCGUGGCAGCCAAGGCCUAG